AUGGCCACAAUUUUGAUUUUGUUGGCCUUAUGCGGGGGCCUUUACGGCCAACGGGUCACUCCGGAGCAGCAGCUGAAAGCUGAAACAGCGCUGAUGGCGAAACGAAUGAAUCGGAAUGUUGAGCCGUGUGAGAACUUUACCGCGUUUGCCGCGGGAAACAUUGGGUUAGCGUCGACGAGGGCGGUGAACAUCAUUGAAUCCGCCAAAGUGCUGAGCAGAGUUCAUUUUCCAACACAGGUAGGUUGAAAGUACAGGGAAUAUAGUCAUAGUCAAAAUAGUAUAGGGAAAUAUAGUCGAAAUAUAUACAUAAUCUGUGUGCAGCAACGCCUUGUACAAUACAACAAAACCUCGCUAUAACAACCAGAAUUUCAAGGGCAAUACUGGUCAAUCUUACAAGGGAAGUACCGCAAGCCUCGACGCUCAGAUUUUCUUUACAUUGUGCAAAAAUUUUGUGCAUAGGCCACAUGUCAAUUCCUGAAAGUUCUAACUCUCGCUUUGCAACCGCUGCCGAGAAAUUCAACGAUCUUUGCCGCCGAGAGAGUACGCAAAACGUGGAGAGCGGUUAGAGAGAAACAACACUUUUUUGGCUAUAACUUUGCCAUAACUAGUAUCGCCCAGAAAAAGAGAAUUUUUGGUGAAAACAUUACCAUCGAAGGUAGAAAUAGAUACGUAGUUUUUGAUGUCAAAACUCAAAAAAAUGAGGUAGUACGCGAAACGUGGAGAGCGGUCCUAAAAAGUACCUUUUGGCCAUAACUUUGUCAGCUUGGCCCCGAAAAAAUAAUCUUUGUGAAGAGAUUAUCGUCAUAGGUAGAAGUAGAUGUGUACUUUUUUAUGCCAAAAUUUGCGAAAAACUUCCACAUUUUUGCCUACUUUCGAUCUAAAAAUCUCCGUCGUUUCUGUAAAGCACAAGCUUGCAGUCUGGCAUAUGCCUUAGAAAAAACUAUUCUAAAUUCCUCCCAAGUUUCUGCAAAAUCUGAGCGUCGUACUUAGGGUACUCCCCUUGCAUCCAAAAUGAACCUCUAUACAACGAAAGCCUUCUAUAGAAAAUAAAUUUUCUGAUUCCUUAUUGUAUACAGACUUUUUUAAGGCACUUCUUUCAUAUAUUUACAUAUGUUGCAGGCGAGUUCCUUGAAAACCGUCAAAGACGUCUACAAAGCGUGCAAGGCCGACAACUCGACCCUGAUCCCCCCUCUAUUCAACACAACCGAGAUCAAAAAUGUCACUGAUGAGUUGGCAAAGUACGCUGCCACCUCCGGAGCUGAUCUGACUUCGUUUAUUAAGGUCUACGGAAACGUUCUGCGCGUCCUCUUCAAUUACGGACAUGACUACUUCUCCGAGAAGCUGUUUCUCUCCGGAAUUCGGCUGCCUUCAGUGAUUGCAAAGGGAAAUUUGACAAUCCCCAAGGAGAAUGAGUGUAAGACGCUGGCGGGUGUUGCGCUUUGCGCUAAUCUGACAAAAACCGUCUUUGGAAUCGAUGGAUGCACAAAUGCGACAAUCUAUAUUCCGAAAAAUGUAAGGAUGCAUACAGUGAAAUCUCUAUACGAUGAAUCUGAAAGGGACCAAAAAAAUCGUUUUUUUUUUAUUUUUUUUGCUGUACUGUCAGCCAGUCGGGAAAAUAAUGAGCACAACGUCGCUGCGCCGAUCGUGUCGCUGAAGUAAAAAGCAAUUUGAUUUUUGACACAAUUCAUUUUCUCGGCGGCGAUGCGAUUUUUGAUGUGACAAAGUGCUCAUUAUUUUUCCGACAUAUUGAUAAACAGAUCCCGCUGUACUAGUCCUUUUGCAAAGCCGCUGGAUUGAUUUCAGUGGCAUGCGCAAAAAAAAACACAAAAAAUCAUUUUGCACAGUGCAAUAGGCUUUUUUUGGGCCGUCGCUCCAACCGUGACUUUAUUUUCUCUGUGCAUAUUGCCGAAAUCGCUCCAGCGACUUUGCGAACGGAGUAGUGCUGACAAUUAAGUCCCUUCAGGCCCUUUGGUGGGCUUUUAAAACCGCAGAAAAUGGUUGCUACAGAGAGAUUUUGUAUUUCACAAAAUGCUGUAGUAAUCUCUGAAAAAUGAACUCCCGCUGAGAAUAAACUGUCUAUAAAGAACAAUUCCAAAGGCAUUGAGAGCUAUUUUUAGGGCGAAAUAAACCUCCGUAGAAUGAAACCUUUCUAUGACAAAUAAAUUCCUCAAUUUAUUCUAAUAUCGUUGUACGAGCAUUCUACUCUAUAAAUUCUGUUAUUUUUUGUGCCUUGGCGUUUCCUAACGCAGCAAAGAUCCCUUUUCAGGCGGCUGAAAGAAAGAACUACUCAACUGCACUUGUGCAAUUCCUCAAAAAUAACGUCACCGCGCAAAACCUCACUUCCUGCGAGGAAUACAUCUGGAAAGUAUACCCUAUCUACUACAAAAAACUUCUCAUCGACUUCUACUUCCCCUCUGAGCGGUCGCUCAAGCGUUUCCACGACAAAAUCCUCGCCUACGCGACGGGAUUCAACAUUGGCAUCAAGGAGUUUGUUUCGUUCGCGGAACUUUCCAACUCGACCGUCGACGAAAUCAACAAGCGCACCAAGACUGUGCUCUUUCACUUUUUGAGCCAUCCAGUUUUUGAUGACACGGAGUUUGCAAAGUCUUUUGGAACGCUGAAUUCCACGGAGCCCUAUUACAACAGGCACAUCAACAACAUCAAGCCGUUGUUGGAGUGGAAUCUGAAGAAGAAUUUGACGCGGUUUGCGACCUUCAGCUUGGAGGUAGGUUUUGUAAAUUUGAUUAUAUGGUAGUAUUAGAUAGUUUAGUUUGAAGUUUACAAAAUUUUUAGGAGCAUAACCACGUGGUUUUCGAAGCCGACCGGACGGAAAUUCACUUUGGCUGGCCCGCAUUGUCAUAUCCAAAUUUCUACGAAGGUCUGCCAACUCAACUGGUCUUCCCCAACUUUGUCGUGCCUUUCAAGACCUUAUUGGGUAGGUGUUUCAAAGUCUAGGAGCAAGUGUCAUAUUCAAAAAUCAUAUUAUGAAUUUUUAAGAGGCAAAGAUGGGGGAAGUGCUUACAAGGAAAGUCGUUCAGAUCGCAAAUGAACUAUGACAUGAGACCUGUGUGGUUUUAUAGUCACAUACUCUACUAUAUCGAAUAUAAAGGCAUUUUUGCGUCUGGGCCCCGCGGCCGAGAAAAUCGACUAUAAAGUUUCGCAAGAAGAGAGCGCCGAAAAAGUCCUCUCUCCGAAAGCAAACCCAAACAGCUGCCCAGUUGGCCGAGUGGAAAGAGCGCUCGUCUAACGAAUCUUCUUUUGGGUCGGGGGGCUGGGUUCGAUUCCGUUCACCUGCAAUGUAAAUGGUAAGACUACUGUGUACACUACAGUAUGCGUAAAAAAAAUUUUUUUUGUGUUUUUCCAAUUUUAUGUAGAUUUGUGCUUUUUCUUCAGACAAAAACAAACAAAAUUACUAAUUUUUUUAUUUAACUUUUUAACUAUCAUUUAACAACAGUCGUGAACACAUUUAACAAAAUGAUGAAAACAAAGUUUUUGAUUACAGUACGAGCACAAAACAAAAGACAAGAUGUCACAACUUCCUUUCGACAACUUUCCGAUAGCCUUGCGGCGUAGCCGCAGGAAGCUCUCCGAUUACCAUUCCAAGUCAUGCCAUUUUUAACAGUCUGGAGAAAAGUCGACUAAAUUUGUUUGUUUUUGUCUGAAGAAAAGGCACAAAUCUACAUAAAAUUGGAAAAACACAAAAAAAUUUUUUUUACGCAUACUGUAGUGUACACAGUAGUCUUACCCUUUACAUUGCAGGUGAAAGGAAUCGAACCCAGCCCCCGACCCAAAAGAAGAUUCGUUAGACGAGCGCUCUUUCCACUCGGCCAACUGGGCAGCUGUUCGGGUUUGCUUUCGGAGAGAGGACUUUUUCGGCGCUCUCUUCUUGCGAAACUUUAUAGUCGAUUUUCUCGGCCGCGGGGGCCCAGACGCAAAAAUGCCUUUAUAUUCGUUAUAGUAGAGUAUGUGACUAUAAAAACACACAGGUCUCAUGUCAUAGCUCAUUUGCGAUCUGAACGACUUCCCUUGUUAGGAAAAUGAAAAUAUUUUGUGUUUGUCUGCUACGAUAGGACCUAUAGACCACUGAACAACCCCCUUCUAUGAAUUGACGGUAUGAUCUCUGCCUAAAGGCCAUAUGAUUUUCACAGAGAGAAAGACCUAAAACCCUCUUCACAACAAACAUUUUUAGAGGUUCCAAAAGUCCAUAAAAGGACAAGGAGAACCUCAAUAAACAUUCGACAAGAGAACAAGUCAGUCUUUUUUGAUUCGUUGUACAGAGAUUCAAUUGAAUGUAGCCCUACAUUUUUCGAAAUAUAUAUUAUAUUUUCCUGUCGAUAAAAAAGCUUAUCCUUCUGACCUCAACAUCUCUCUACUACAACCUAUUUUUUCAGCGAACGAAAUCACCUACGCCGCCUUCGUCAAGUGGGUUGGAAUCAACGAAGCCGUUACUCAAAUUCCGGCUCCUUUCGGCCCCGAACUAAAUCAUGAGCAUCUCUACUUCAUCAAGUUGGCUCAACUCAUCGCUGAGAACAAUGACAAUGGAGUUGAAGAUGUUUGGAAUAUUAUCCGAUGUUUCCCCGCUUUUUCGGACACUUUCAAGUGUACACAUGGCAAUGAUUUCCACUACGACCGGAGAGACUGUCAAGGGAAGUCGGAGAGUCUGUUUCCAAGCUACGAGAUUGCAUAG